AUGGAAAAUAUGCUAACCACUGUAUCACGCCCACAAGAUACAGGUGAUCGACCUUUUCAUUGCCCGCUAUGUGAAAUGAGAUUCAGCUUGCCAGGUUAUCUAAAACAACAUAUGCAAAUACAUAAAGGCGUAAAAGCUUUUCAUUGCCAGCAAUGUGGAAAGAGUUUUGCCAGACCAAGUCAUCUAAAAAAUCACAUACAAAGACAUAAAGGAGAAAAACUUUUUAAUUGCCAGCUAUGCGAGAAGAGAUUUAGCUGGUUAAGUGGUUUAAAAAUGCACAUGCGAACACAUACCGGUGAUACACCAUUUCAUUGCCAAUUAUGUGACAAGAGGUUUUGUUUGCCAAGUCAGCUAAAACAGCACAUGCGAACACAUACAGGUGAAAAACCUUUUCAUUGCCAGCUAUGUGAGAGGAGAUUCAGGCAGUCAGGUCAACUAGGCCAGCACAUGCAAUUGCACACAGGUGAUAAACCUUUUCAAUGCCAACAGUGCAAGAAGAGUUUUAGCAGGUCGGAUCAGCUAAAACAACACAUGCGAACACAUACAGGUGAAAAACCCUUUCAUUGCCAGCUAUGUGAGAGGAGAUUCAGAGAGUCAGGUCAACUAGGCCAGCACAUGCGAUUGCACACAGGUGAUACACCUUUUCAAUGCCAACAGUGUGAAAAGAGUUUUAGCUGGCCAAGUCUGCUGAAGGAACACAUGACAUCACAUACUAGAGAUAAACCAUUUCAUUGCCAAGAAUGUCAGAAGUGUUUUAUUAGAUUGCAUACAUUAAAACAACAUAUGCGAGUACAUACUGGUGAUAAACCUCAUCAUUGUCAGCUGUGCAAGAUGAGUUUUAGCUGGUCAAGUCAACUAAAAGAGCACAUGGUAACACAUACUGGUAAGAAUCCAUUUCAGUGCUUACAAUGUCAGAAGAGCUUUAAUCGAUCGCAUACAUUAAAACAACAUAUGCGAGUACAUACUGGUGAUAAACCUCAUCAUUGUCAGCUGUGCAAGAUGAGUUUUAGCUGGUCAAGUCAAUUAAAAGAGCACAUGGUAACACAUACUGGUAAGAAUCCAUUUCAGUGCUUACAAUGUCAGAAAAGCUUUAUUCGAUCGCAUACAUUAAAACAACAUAUGCGAGUACAUACUGGUGUGAAACCUCAUCAUUGUCAGCUGUGUAAGAUGAGUUUUAGCUGGUCAAGUCAACUAAAAAAGCACAUGGUAACACAUACUGGUAAGAAGCCAUUCCAAUGCUUACAAUGUCAGAAGAGCUUUAUUCGAUCAUGUACAUUCAAACGACAUGUACAAACGCAUCAUAAUACUGAGGACGAGCCUCUACAUGUUCAACAAUAUGAAAAUAACUUUAGCUUGAAACAUCAGAUAGGAACACUUGAAGAUGAGGAAUGCGAGAAGAACUUUAAAAACGCAGGUCAUGAAUGUUUUCUCUUCAACGAAUAUGAAAGAUUUCUCACAUCAACUGAUAACAUCAUUCAGAGAAAUACUAAUAUAGCGAGAAACCGAAAUAACGCAUUUUAUACUUUGCAUGCUGGAUUGCCUAUUUCAUUAGAAUUUUUGAAAGUAAGAAAAGAGACUGAAAAUAUUGACAGUGUGGAAAUGUUCAAAGUUAAUUUUUUGUUGUAG